AUGGUGGUGUUUGGACCACCGGCACCGCCGUGGGCGAUAUCCGGCGGGUGGUCGACGGCGGAGGCAGCGGAGAGAAUUGGGGCGGCUAGGUUUCAGAAAGUUCAAUGGAAAGGGCUAGUGUUGGGACCAACUACUAUACCAAAACACAAGUUUAUCCUUUGGCUGGUACUACUGGGUCGAUUAGCCACCGUUGAUCGAUUGCAGAAAUGGGGCAUACAUGUCCAAAUUGAUUGUGUCUUAUGUACUACUGGAGCUGAGGAAAACCUGCAACAUUUGUUCUUCCAAUGCCCUUACUCAUCCCAAAUUUGGAGUGCACUACUCAGGUGGCUAGAGGAGAAUAGGAGAAUUAGCAACUGGGGGGAGGAGAUUGAUUGGAUAAGCAGAAAAAUGAGGAACAACAGUCCACGAGUAGAGAUCAUGAAGUUCCUAUGCGCUGCUACUAUUUACCAUGUAUGGAGUGAAAGAAACGCAAGGAGAUUCCGAGCUGAAAAGAAAGAAAGCUAA